AUGGACGACGAAUUGCUCGAGUUGCAGAGACAGUUCGACUUCGCUCAACAAGCGAAGUUCAUCUUCGAUUUCGAGCUUCUUCACACUGCUUCCGGCAAAGAGUACAUCACUCUCGAUCAACUGAGAAAUGAGAUGGUGACUGAGGUGAAAAGAUUAGGGCGAAUUUCUGUGAUUGAUCUUGUUGAUGUUACUGGAGUUGACUUGUACUAUGUUGAGAAAUUGGCUCAGAGUAUUAUAACUGAUCACGGGGAAUUGAUGUUGACUCAAGGGGAAAUCGUUACGGAAUCUUACUGGGAUUUGAUUGCGGAAGAGACUAACGAGAGGCUUCAAGAAUGUAGUCAGAUUGCUUUGACGGAACUUGCUGCGCAAUUGAAUGUUGGUUUGGAUUUGAUUGCGUCUGUGUUGGAGCCGCGUCUUGGAACUAUAGUUAAAGGAAGGCUUGAAGGUGGGCAGUUGUAUACUCCUGCCUAUGUUGCUCGUGUUAGUGCCAUGGUUCGAGGUGCUGCUAGGGGCAUUACAGUUCCGACAAAUUUGACAGUGUUAUGGAGCUCGUUGCAGAAUUUACUGCAAGAAAUGGAUGCUGGAGUGCAUUGGACACCAGCUGUAUUUGCUGUUUCUCAAAAGGAAUCUGUGGAUUCAUUCUUUUCACAAAAUUCUUUUAUCAGCUAUGACAUUCUGCAAAAACUUGGAAUUCCUCAGCCCGUUCAAUUCUUGCAGGUAACUAAUCCCAGAUAUCCUGAAGGCAAACCUCUUGUUACAACAUUUGUUCACCCAUCAAUGAUUGAGAUGCUAGAUGCUGCUACUGAGGAUGCUCUAGAACGUGGUAGCUGGAGUGAUUCUCUUUCCUUAUUGCCCUCAUCUUUUACACCUCAAGAUGCAUCUAAAAUGUUGUUCCUCUGUCAAUCUGUACAAUUGGCUCUUAAGUCUAACAAAGCACAUAUAUUUGGGGACUUCUAUGUAUUGAGCAGCAGCUUUAUGAAGGACAUUUGCGAUUGUACGGUGAAAGAAUUAGAGACAUUAGCUGUUUCAAGGUCUUUGGGCACUGUAAAACCUGGUGAUUUACCAAUAGCCAAUGAAGUAAAAGCAGGGUAUGAUUCAAGCAGGUUGAGUGUGUCCAGUGAAAUGGCAAGUGACAGUGGCUCCAACAAGCAUGCUGAUAAAGGGCCAAAGAAGAAAAAGGGGAAAGCCACUGGAAAUGCAUUAGCAAAUCAAUCUGAAAGUGGUGCUGAUAACCAAGAGCAUACUUCUACCAAAUCUAAGAAAAGCCAGAGAAAGGGUAAGGAUACAUCUUCACAAACAUCAGAUUCAAAGCAAGGCUCUAGGAAAGAAUCACUUAAAAUGAAAGAGGAUAAUCUCAGUAGUCCCUCAGAAGAAUGGAUCAUGGAGAAGAUUACAGCCUUGGUUCCUGAUUUUGAAGAACAAGGUAUUGAUGAUCCUGAAACAAUUCUUAGGCCUUUGGCUAACAAGUUAAGGCCCACAAUAAUCAAUACUUGGAUGGAGAAAAGGAAGGCAUUGUUUAAAGACAAUGCAGAAAGAAUGAAACAAUUGCUUGAUAAUUUGCAGAAAAAACUCGAUGAGUCUUUCUUAAACAUGCAACUGUAUGAAAAAGCCUUAGAAUUGUUUGAAGAUGAUCAAUCAACUUCUGUUGUUUUGCAUAGGCAUUUACUAAGGACAGUAGCAGCUCCUAUGGUUGACAUGCUUCUUCAUGACUUGGAUGAGCAGAACAAAUUAAAGAACGGAGUAGAAGUGCAGGAAUCUCCAAAUUCUGAGUCUAUUUCGUUUAGUCCUGGAGAUAGAGCUGCAAUUUCCAAGAGUUUUCCAGGAGCUCUUUCAAAUAAGGCUCUUGCUGUUGUAGAAGCAUUGGAAGGAAAGAGGGUGGAAACAUUCAUGUCUUCAUUCAGAGCUGUGACAGAAGAGAGCGGGCUGCCUUUGAAAAAGCUAGACAAGAAACUAGAAAGGACACUUCUACAUUCAUAUCGUAAGGAAUUGACAUCUCAAGUUUCGGCUGAGACUGACCCUGUAUCACUUCUGCCGAAAGUUGUGUCUUUACUCUAUGUCCAGGUUUACCAUAAAGCUCUACAAGCCCCUGGAAGGGCCAUUUCUGUUGCUAUUUCUCAAUUGACGGAUAAGCUUGACGAGACAGCUUGCAAGAUUAUAGCUGAUUAUCAAGCUGCUGCCGUUACUCUUUUGACACUAUCAGCUACUCCUGAUGACGAAGACAGUUGUGCAUCGAAUAGAAUUAGAGAGAUUCCGGAGAGCCAAAUGCCUGCUCUCAAAAGUUUGGUUUCGGGUGCCUCACGGUCAUAA